CCAGUGGCCGGGAUUCGAACCCAGGUGGCGGUACUCACAGCUGUAAGUCCUUUACCACUAGAGCUAGAAGCCCCGGUUAAUCUCCAUUUUCGUCUAUCGCAAUUUCUGGUCUUGUUAUGGUGUUGUGCUUGAUGAACAUAAUUGGAUUUUCGUGGUGGGUGAUCUUUUGGAAGCGAGCUUGGGAAAUCCAAUAUCUACCAGCUCGUGAUUCAUAUAUUAAAGGUCGUCUCAACAUUGAGUAUCCAUAACGUGUGUCGCUUCUGCCUUACUGGACUUCUUUUUUUUUAACGUUUAGUAAUCGUGUAACAAUGUUAUUUAUUGUUGUAAUUAUAAUUUGUUCUACUAUGAUAUUUGUAUAUUUUUGUAAUUUUUAUAAAAGACCUUGAAAAUGGUAAUACAAUCUUAACAUGUUUACAAAAAAAACAUAUAAAUUUGUAAUGUUUAUUUUAUUAUAAUCUAUCACAAUUACGAGGAAAAAAAAUAAUUAAUCUAGUAUUCUCAUUUUGUCAAGAAAGAAAACUGCGUUUGUCUAUGUGUAUAAAGUUUUACGCGAAUAUACCAAAUUGACGAGUUAUAUUUGUUUUCGUCCAACUAUUUUAUGUGUUAAGAUUACUUUCCAUUAACAUUUUGCCAAGGAACCAAGUCGCUGUGCCUGUGAUCUAAAAUAUUUAGACGGAGGUCGCUUUCUUUCCAAGUAAGCUUGUCUCCAUAACUCGGAAUUAUCUUUGUCUAAGCACGUACAUGAUUUUAUAUCUACUACGUCAAAUAUUUUGAUUCGUGCACUUGUUAAAUCCAUUUCUAGAUUUUAAGAUAACUCAAUCUACAACAUUUAUCUCUCUUUUUAAAUUUUAAAUUUAAAAAUGGCUCGCAUCAAUACUUCCAUAGAUUUUUUUUCUGAAAACAAUACUUUCAUAGAAUUGAUAACAAACUUUAUUUGGUUAGGAACAAAUCUUAUUUCGUUAGGUUUGAUUUUACAGAACAAUUUUGAAAGAAAUAACUAAAACUAUCAGCAUUUAAUUAUAUUCAAAACUUAUGAAUUUGAGUAUUUGACUCUGGUCCAGAAAACAAUAUGCAUAUAAACCUUACGAAAUUGAAUUUGAACCAUAAAUUCUCUAUAAAAAAAUCUGAAUUUGAAUUUUUCUUUUCUGAAUUUGGUUAUAGUUUAAAUAUAAAUAAAUUUCAAUUCGUUUCAUUUAAUAAUCCAAAGUCAUCAUGCCGCACGUGAAUGAACUGAAUGGUACCAACGAAGUUGGCAGAAAACGUAAAUAACAUUAAACAUGAAACGCACCGUAUCAUUAAUCAAUAAUGGACUUUAAAACGCAGAGUAAACGCCGUUAAAACGCAGAGUAAACACUUUAUAAAAGCACUAUUCCUUCUUGUUCUCUCCCACUUCUUCAAACUCCGAGAAAGUGAAGAGAAACGCGAGAAAUUUUUUGUAAAGGAAAAAAAACAUGGACGAAGAUGGUUUUUCGCAAUGUCCCAAACACUUUUCAAAACGCGGUUUUAUCGGCGUUUGCCCUUUCUGUCUCCACGAACGACUCUCUUCCCUUUGCCCUGACUGUGCUACCGAUAUACCAUGCUCCUGUAGCUCACGCGCCGCCGUGUGUUUCUCUCCGUCGUCUUCUUCGUCUUCCUCUUCGUUCUCCCUCUUUGCCUUUAGUUUCCCUGGGAGCGGGUCCGUAGGUCAAGUCGCGAGUUUGAUCGAAUGCGAACCUGCGUUUCGGAGAUCAAAAUCGAUGGCGGUUCCGAUUAAACCGGAUACAGUUGACGAUUCCGGGUCGGGUAUUGAACCGGCUCGUGGGCUGAGUAGAAAAACGGUGUCGUUUUGGAGGAUGUUGAUGGGAAACAAAGGAGGAGAUACGAAGCCGGCGAUCAUGAGGAAGUCGAGAUCUGUUGCGGUCGUGGGAGAUAUGAAAUACCCUCCGGCGACGGGAAAAGGGAAGGGGUGGAGUUUUCCGAGCCCGAGUAAGGUUUUUCGGCAAUCGAAGAUGAUAUUUCAACAAAGGUCUCCAUUGUACAGAGGUUGAGAUUUUCUGCUAGUUUCUUAUUGUUUUUGUUUACUUGAGUUUAAAGCAGGUUAUUAAUUUGUUCAUUUUCACCUUUCUCAAAUCUGUGUAUUAUAAAGUGGAAAAUAUUAGUUUCUUGAUUUUUUUUAAUUGUCAGCGAAUAUGAUUCUUCUUUAUUAAUUGUCUGACUAGAUUUU